UCCAUUCAAGGGUUACUACACCUCUGCACGAACGAUUGUGCUCUCGUCGCUCAUUAUCUUAACGCGUGUUGUGACUUUCCCUCUUCCUUCUCCUCUCCUGCGUUCAAUCGAUUUGGAACCCCAAUAAAAAAAACUUGAAUGAUGAUGACCAUGAUUACGAUGACGACGAUGAUACAAAUUCAUCGUGUGUGUUGAGUAUUUUCUUCUUCUUCAGAAUUCUUCUUCGUUCCUCUCUUCGAUUCAUCCAUAGCGUAGCGUGAAUCAAUCUCGAUUAGGCCGCCUCCUGUUCUGUUCCGGAUCGAUUUCCGAGGCUUUUAUAUUGUUGAUCGGAUUUGAAUAGCCGGGUUAUUCAUUUCUGUUACCUGGAUAGCGACGAAGCCCGAUUCGUUUGUUUGAAUUGGGAAAUUACAAACUUUUCAGUUCUGGGCGAUUUUUCAUCAGUUUUCAUUUUUCAGGACGCUGGUCGAUCUGGUUUCAGGUUUUGCUCGCCGGUUUGAACGGUAAUCGCGAUUGGAAUUCGGGAUUUCCAUCGGAUUGAAUCGGGGUUCAUUCAAAUUGUCAGCUUAAUCGAAGCUAUAUCUCCAAAAGUUCGGAAAUUUGGCUGGAGUCAGGAUUCGAUCUGAUUCGGCUUUUUGGCUCAGCUGUUUUGAUCCGAAAUCGUGCGAUUUAGUUAGCUGGUAUCGAGUCAGAUUCAGUCAGGGCUUCUUCCAGACUUUCAGGAGCUCCUAGUUUCUGAGAUGGUACAUUUCCAUAGCUCGAUCUCGGUCUGCAACUCCAUCGAGCAAACUCCGGCACCGAACAUGGCGAACUCAAUCAACUCAGCAGAUUUGCAUCCGAAACCGAGGAACAGUAGAAAGUCCUACACAUCACCGAGCUCGAGCUGUCCUAAGUUUCCUGUCUGCGAUGGAUCACGAUCGGCCGCCAUCGACGUGGUGAUCCUGAUCGCGGUGAUCACAGCCUGCGGCUUCCUGUUCUUCCCUUACAUCAAAUUCGUCACUGUUAAAUCGGCACAACUCUUGGCAGAGCUCUCUUGUUUGGCCAAGGAAGAGAUUUUGCGGAACCCAAUAGUGUAUGGAUCCAUAGCUCUGAGCAUAUCAUGUGCAGCCAUCUCUGCCUGGGUAGUUGUGCUCUUGUGCACCACCACCCAAAAAUGCGGGAAGCCUAAUUGCAGAGGCCUUAAGAAAGCUGCAGAGUUCGAUAUCCAGCUGGAGACGGAGGACUGUGUGAAGAGCUCGAACAGCUCUUGCGCAGGUGGCAAGAACAAAAGGGGAUUGUUUGAGUUGCCACGUGAUCAUCACCGCGAAUUGGAGGCCGAGCUGAAGAAAAUGGCGCCCACCAAUGGACGAGCCGUUCUGGUUUUCAGGGCGAGGUGCGGUUGUUCUGUCGGGAGAUUAGAGGUUCCCGGGCCGAAGAAGCAAAGGAAGAUCAAGAAAUGAAAAGGUUCCAUCUUUUUCUCCAAAGAUCGUCCUUACACCGAUGUUAUAUGAGUAGCUAUGACACCUUUUCGGGUUAGUUAUUCUCAUAACCUUUUACAGGAACUUAUAUCUUUAUCCAUGUGUCUAAAUAAGAUGAAUAUACGAUGGGAAUAAACAGUGUAAGGAUAUUGCGAAAAUGGUUAUAGUGAUGAAUGUUUCUUUUACUUC